UCAGCUGAUCCGUCACGUGGCUCCAUGUCGUGGGUCACCGUUUGCAAAAUGGAGUUGUCUGAGUGCGUGCAGAAAGGGCUGCAGAGCCUGGCAGAGCCGUCCUCCGUGGAGCAGGGCAGCUUCCCGGUGCUGGUGGACGCGUGUUUCCGCAGCGUGCUCUCCUCCCACGGAGACCCGGCGGUGCUCGAUCAGCCGGAGCUGCAGCACAUCGACAGGAUCCUGCUGAAGCAGAUCCACGCUGCGGCCACCACCUUCAUACUGGAGGCUGUCAAACAAAACGCAGACAAAUCCACGAUAAGUUCAAGCCUUGAAGAGCUCGCAUUCAGUGCUGAAAGAACAGAAAUAUUCUAUAACUCAUAUCAGGUACAACUCAAUCUGUCAUAUUUUUUUAACAACUUUCAAGGAUUAGGAAAAAAGUUGGGAACUAAUGUUUGUUUUGUUUUACAGAGACAUAAAAAAGAACUGGAGCAUCUUUUAGCAAGCAUAGGAAGACGUCCAGCUCAGAUUAAUGACGUUUCCUGGCGUCUACAAUACCACAUGAAGAAUGGACAGCUUGAUAAAGUCAACGAGCCUUUCUACAUGAUAUCACUGAACACUGAGAAUCAGGGAUCCCCUGAAGACGUCAACUUUACCUGCACGAUGGAGCAGCUGCAGGAUAUGGUGGGAAAGUUGAAAGACGCUGCAAAGAGUGUGGAGAAAGCCAGUCAGAUACCCGUCGAUCCCCAGCCGAGCCUCCAGGUACGUCUCGCUCGAUGCCGUCCCUGCCCGCCGGGGGGGAGACGGCCAGCCCGGGGCUGGGAUGAGGGUUUUGUGCGCUGCGAUCCAGCGGUGGAUGUGGAGCUUGGAGCGGCGGCUGCAGCGAUCACCGACGUGGACCUCCGAUUGUUGUUCAGCUCUCUCAACAUGCAUAGGACGACCAGGAUAAAGAUCACAGAGCUCAACCCUCACCUCAUCUGCGUCCUGUGUGGAGGCUACUUCAUAGAUGCAACCACCAUCAUUGAAUGCCUUCAUUCAUUUUGCAAAAUGUGCAUUGUGCGCUAUCUGGAAACUAGCAAAUACUGUCCCAUCUGUGAUGUACAAGUUCACAAAACCAAGCCACUGCUUAACAUCAGGUCUGACAAAACUUUACAGGACAUUGUGUACAAACUGGUCCCGGGCCUCUUCAAAAAUGAAAUGAAGAGGAGGAGAGACUUCUAUGCGGAGCAUCCUGUGGAUGCUUCCAACGGAUCACAUGAGGACCGUGGCGAGGUAGCAGACGAGGACAAGAGAAUAAUAACAGAUGAUGAAAUCAUCAGCCUCUCUAUUGAGUUCUUUGAUCAGAGCAGACUGGGAGGUGGAGCCGAAGACAAGCAGUCAAAAGAGUUGGCUAACAAAAGGUACCUGCAGUGUCCAGCAGCAAUGACAGUCAUGCAUCUGAGAAAGUUUCUGCGCAGUAAAAUGGACAUCCCAAACGCAUACCAGGUUGAAGUCAUGUAUGAAGAUGAGCCUCUUAAAGAUUACUACACGUUAAUGGAUAUAGCAUACAUCUACACUUGGAGAAGGAACGGCCCGCUACCUCUCAAGUACCGGGUCCGGCCCAGCUGUAAGAAGAUGAAGGUGAACCAGCAGGAGGGUCCGAGCAGCACCAGCAGGUCUGGGCCGGAGAGCGACUCUGCCAGCGACAAGGCCGGCAGCCCGGCCGGGGCUCCCUCCACGUCGUCGUCGCUGCCGAGCCCGGGCACGCCGUCCCCGCAGCCGCCGCCGCAGACGCACGGCCCCGCGGCCGUCAACGGCGUGGCCGUGGCCGUGGGCCUGGCCGUGGGCGCGCCGCAGACCCCCAGCCGGCCCUUCAGCCACUUCAGCGGCGGCAAGCCGCGGAAAGUCUCCGUGAACGGCUCCACGACCUCGUCCGGAUGACGGACGACGCGGGGCUCCGGAGCCGACCAGCCAGCCUCCCGCAGCUGAUGCUGUUGCCAUGCCAACGUAGUUCCACUGUGUAGACCAUCUCUCUCUCUCCAUCUCUAUCUAUCUCCAUCUCUCUCUCUGUCCCCGUCUCUCUCCAUCUCUCUCUAUCUUUUUCUAUCUUUCUCUAUCUCUCUCUAUCUUUCUCUCCAUUCGUUGUUCUGAAAAUGAUGGCAUUGUUUGUAAGUUUAAAGUAGUGGAAUCAGAGACAUUUGAGAACGAACGGAACCGGAUCGAUGGCUGGGAAUUUUAAUCCGAAAAAGUGACGUUGAGGGAGAGGGGAAAAAAAAGAAAAGAAAGCUGAAAAGAAGGACAUUAAUGUAUCCCCUUUUUACAAGCUACAUCUUUAUUUUACAGAAGUGACUGAAAGUGACUUUUGUGGUUUUUUGUUUUGUUUUUUAUGUCUUUCAAAUUAAACGUAUUUCUCAUUGUUACUCCAUGUGUGUUGGGAUAUGUUUAAGAUCAUUUGAAAACAUGCAUGCUCAUUGUGACACACUUCAGUCGUAGAUGAGGACCGGCUCUGGAGGCCCGUCCUGUCCUGGAAGCUGUCCGGGCCUCGGAGGUUCGUUCCAGCGCCGCUAACCUGGAGGGGAAAGCCUCAGAGGAAGUUAAACAACCUCUUUUUUUUUUU